AUGGCCCAUCACGAAGCCGCUGCCUGUCCAUGUGGCGCGGCACUAAAGCAUACCCAACCUCAGAACAGCACUACCGUCUUGUCGUUAUUAUGUGUCGUCCUUUUGACUCAUGUUGAGAUUAGGUUGCUUAACGUGAAAGGACUUAUAGUAGAGGCCGACCCGGGUUGCAUCAAACAGUCUGUUGCAGCUACGUUGGGUAGCGAUUCCGUCCGAGGAAUCGCAAAUUCCCAAAGUGUUAGUUUGAGUGGACUGGCACAGACCCUCACACGAACCCGGAAAAUAAGAAGAAGGGAUGCCCAUAAAGUGAAUUUUGUUGUAGAAUUCAGCAUGUUCAAGGUGACUGAGACAGAACCAACCGAAGCGGCGGCCAUGGACAAAAUAGGAUCUAGUGAGGGAUUUGGUUUACCAAGGGAUGUAUGCUACAUGAAAAGGGUUAAAGAUGUGGAUGUAACGGCGAACCAUUCUUUGAAUGAGUGCGCGCUUGAGAAACCUACUCAGAGCAUACAGUCGGCUACGACGGGCGCUUUCAACGCAAUUGCGUAUCCCGACGACAUAUCGCAAAAGUCUAGCGAGCAACCAAAGUUCAUUAAUUCUCAAUCUUUGCUACCGUCAUGCUGGACUUGCCAGGGCCCUCACACUACGCAGUUGCAGCCUCUAGUACUGCCUGAGCAGAUGCAUCCACCAACCCAGGACUUGACUUGUUCGCAGCCGUUCGUGGAGAGCCUCCAUGCUGCUUCAAUCUCGGCCAAUGCAUUACCCCCUCAACAGCAUCACUUUCUCCAGCCACUCCUCCCGUCACCAUCAGCUCCGCAGUCAUCCGGGCCCGUGAUACGACAGCAGCAUUACAAGCCUCCCUCUGUCACAUUCACGAUUGAGACUAAAAUUAAGUACACCCUAUGCCCGACUGAGGUAAAACAUCUAUUUCGGAUCUUUUCAAGGAAUACCAGACUUCUCCUGAAAUCAAAGCAAUCGCUAGAUGCAGGUAUACUUUAUUCUGUGGAGGCCUUAAUGACGCAGACCUCGACGGAUUUCUACAAGUGGUACACGGUUGAAUCGAAGGCGGCCACGAAAAUAUCGGUACUUCGAUUCAAGCUACUGGAUUGCGACUGGUAUGCCGGAGAAACCAUCCUUGUUUCUGGGGGGAACCUGUGUCAGUUUCAACUCUUGAAGCAAUUAAUCUGGGACUACUUCUGGCUCACAUUCUCUUGGGAAUGUGCUCCAUUUUUGUUUCACGUAUAUGUCAGUCACCUUCCCGAUAACGUUAUAGCCUUCGAGACGAUGGCAGUAAUCUCGGCGCAGCCCCACAUGGAGAAUCCUACGACUGUACAUAACUCGUCAUUCCAGGAUCCUCGACCACCACAUGUGGAACGCAAAUCAAACAUACACAACUUACUCAAUCCUAUAAAUGUUAAUAUUUAA